UGUUGCCCCACCUCUAUUUCCAAACACAUGCGGUAGAAAAAGUGUGAUUACAUUAGCUCGAUUUCGACUUGAUUUCAAGGCAUCUUGCUAAAUUCGGAGUAACCACAGAGUGGCGGUGACUGCCAACAUCCAGCAGAAGAUCGGGACGCACUUGAGAUGACGAGCGGUACGGAUGCGAGAGAAGAGGGCGCUGUCGCGGUGCAGCUGCCGCUCAAGGUCGCCCGCCGGAGAAUCGAGCGCGUUGGCUUGGCAUACUUUGCGCAACGGCGCCAAUUUUUAGCACCCGGCGGCGUGGAGCGCAGCGAUAGCGAUGAAAAGCUGGAGGGAGUCGGCGAGGAGGUGGACGUCAGCUACCUCAAGUCCCUGGAUCCCAAAGAAUGGAAGGACCAGGAUCACUACGCCAUUCUGGGUCUCGGAAAACUGAGAUACGAAGCAAGCGAGGAUGAUAUUCGACGGGCAUACAGACGCAUGGUCCUGCUGCAUCAUCCCGAUAAACGGAAAGCCAAGGGCGAGGAAGUGAUUCAGGACGAUGACUACUUUACGUGCAUAACCAAAGCCUACGAGAUACUGGGGACAUCCAAGACACGUCGCAGCUUUGACUCCGUGGAUCCCGAGUUCGACGACUCGCUGCCCUCACAGAACGAAAUCGAUGGCGAUUACUUUGGCGUGUUUAACAAAUUUUUCACACUCAACGGACGCUGGAGCGAGAGACCACACGUUCCCGCCUUCGGGCAGGUGGACGCCAAGCGCGAGGAGGUGGAGCGCUUCUACAAUUUCUGGUAUGACUUCAAGUCGUGGCGAGAGUUUAGCUACCUGGACGAGGAGGACAAGGAGAAGGGACAGGACCGCGACGAGCGGCGAUGGAUCGAGAAGGAGAACAGGGCGGCGCGGAUCAAGCGCAAGAAGGAGGAAAUGUCCCGUAUCCGCGCGCUCGUCGAUUUGGCCUACAACAAUGACAAACGAAUCCAGCGGUUCAAGCAGGAAGAGAAGGAUCGCAAGGCCGCCGCCAAACGAGCCAAGAUGGACGCCGCCCAGGCCCAAAAGGCUGAGGCGGAUCGAGCCAUUCGGGAAGCUGCUUUGGCCAAGGAGAAGGCCGAAAAGGCGGAGCAGAAGCGCAUCGAGCAGAUCCGCAUCGAACGCGAGCAGCAGAAGAAGCUGCUUAAGAAGGAGCGCAAAACGCUGCGCGACAAAGUUAAGGACUGCAAGUAUUACGCAAAGAACGACAAGGAUCAACUGAAGCACAUGGAGGGCACCGAGAAGAUCUGCGAGACAUUCAAUCUGGCAGAGCUGCAAGCCUUGAACAAGGCCAUGGAAACUAAGGGUCGUGAAUCCUUUGUGGCCGCCCUGCACACAGCCGAGCAGAAGAUCGCCGCCGAGCUGGAGGAGAUUAACCAGACGCAGGCUAAGAAGGUGGCUAGUGCAGCGGUGACGCCGAAAGGUGUCAAGGAGGUGAAAAAGGGCGAACUCUGGAGCAACGAGAACGUGCAGCUGCUCAUCAAGGCGGUCAAUCUGUUUCCCGCUGGCACUGCCCAACGCUGGGAUGUGAUCGCCACGUUCAUCAACCAGCACAGUCCGGGAAAUACCGUCCUGGUCAAUGCUAGGGAUGUGCUGAACAAGGCAAAGGCGCUGCAGAACACAGAUCACUCGAAGAGCUCGCUAAAAACCCAAGCCAACGAUGCUGCUUUCGCUAGUUUCGAGAAGUCCAAGAAGGAAGUGCAGACGUGCAACGACAUAACUCUGGGCGAUGAGACGCCGGCCCAGGCCAGCAAGGAGAACGUCAAACAGAACGGAGUAGAUCAUAAGGUGAACAAUCAACCGGCCAAGCAGAAUGGCAACGCAGCGGCUCCUGCUGCAGCAUCGCCCGCAGCAGCUGCACCACCAGCUCCGGCCACAAAUGGAACUUCUGGUGGCAGCGGCGGCGGUGGUGGUGCCGCCUCCAAAACCUGGACCAAGGAGGAGCAGGCACUGCUCGAGCAGGCCAUCAAAACCUAUCCCACGACGACGCCCGAUCGCUGGGACCGCAUCGCCUCGUGCAUACCGAAUCGCAGUAAAAAGGAUUGCUUGCGCCGCGUCAAGGAGCUGGUCGAGCUGGUUAACUCCAAGAAGGAGGCGCAGGCGGCGGUUAAAUGAGUGUGGCUUAUGCCCUGCUAUACCCUGCCAUUUGUCCGCCUCAACCUCUUCUAGCUGCUGUGUCCCAUAUAAAUUUUAUUUAAAUAAAACAUAAAAAGUUUUUGAACGUUUAGCGAAAAGUUA